UAAUCCAGAAAUCUUUCUUUUCCAGUUCACUGAGUUUCACCAGUAAUGCCAUUCAGUUGCCAAUAUCAAGCAAAACAAACAUAAGCCACUUUUAAUCUGCGUUUUAAGGAAAGUGGUAAUCUCUUUCACAGUGCCUGACGUGACCGUAUCAGAGUGUGAGGUGCAAGCUCACAGAAUCCAGAGAAGCCAUCAUGAAGUUGUAUGUGUUUCUGGUUAACACUGGAACUACCCUGACAUUUGACACUGAACUUACAGUGCAAACUGUGGCCGACCUGAAGCAUGCCAUCCACAGCAAGUACAAGAUCGCUAUUCAGCACCAGGUGCUGGUGGUCAACGGCGGAGAGUGCAUGGCUGCAGACCGGAGGGUGUGCACCUACAGCGCGGGGACGGACACAAAUCCAAUUUUUCUUUUUAACAAAGAAAUGAUCUUAUCUGAACGUCUACCUGCUAUUCCUAAAACUACCUUUUCAACAGAAAAUGACAUGGAAAUAAAAGUUGAAGAGUCCCUUAUGAUGCCUGCAGUUUUUCACACUGUUGCUUCAAGGACACAACUUGCGGUGGAAAUGUAUGAAGUUGCCAAGAAACUCUGCUCGUUCUGUGAAGGUCUGGUCCACGAUGAGCACCUGCAGCACCAGGGCUGGGCUGCAAUCAUGGCCAAUCUGGAGGAUUGCUCAAAUUCCUACCAAAAGCUACUUUUCAAAUUUGAAAGUAUUUAUUCAAAUUAUCUGCAAUCCAUAGAAGACAUCAAGUUAAAACUUACUCAUUUAGGAACUGCGGUCUCGGUGAUGGCCAAGAUCCCGCUGUUGGAGUGCCUGACCAGACAUAGUUACAGGGGAUGUUUGGGAAGACUGGGUUCCUCACCUGAGCGCGAAGGCUCAGAAAAGGCGGAGGUGAAGACCUCCGCGGAACUGGUGCUGUCUCCCGAAAUGCCUGCAACAACAAGUAAACCCUCGUCAGCCUCAUGUCACAAGUCCAUGGAACACGUAGCCCCAGACUCCACAGAUGCUGAAAGUGGAAAAGAAAUUAGGGAAUCUUGUCAAAGUACUGUCCAGCAGGACGAAACUUCAGUAGAUGCUAAAGAUGGCGAUCUGCCUUUUUUUAAUGUUUCUUUGUUAGACUGGAUCAAUGUUCAGGAUAGGCCUAAUGACGUGGAAUCGUUGGUCAGGAAGUGCUUUGAUUCCAUGAGCAGGCUUGAUCCACGGAUUAUUCGACCAUUUAUAGCAGAAUGCCGUCAAACUAUUGCCAAUCUCGAUAAUCAGAAUAUGAAAGCCAUCAAAGGGCUGGAAGACCGGCUGUACGCCCUGGACCAGAUGAUCGCCAGCUGCGGCCGACUCGUCAACGAACAGAAAGAGCUUGCUCAGGGAUUUUUAGCUAAUCAGAUGAGAGCUGAAAACUUGAAGGAUGCAUCUGUGUUACCUGAUUUGUGCCUGAGUCACGCAAAUCAGUUGAUGAUUAUGUUGCAAAAUCAUAGAAAACUGUUGGACAUUAAACAGAAGUGUACCACUGCCAAACAAGAACUUGCAAAUAACCUGCAUGUCAGGCUGAAGUGGUGUUGCUUCGUGAUGCUUCACGCUGACCAGGACGGAGAGAAGCUGCAGGCUUUGCUGCGCCUCGUGGUGGAGCUGGUGGAAAGGGUCCGGACUGUGGAAGCCCUGAGCACGGUUCCUCAGGUGUACUGCUUAGCUGUUGUCGAGGUCGUAAGGAGAAAAAUGUUCAUAAAACACUACAGGGAGUGGGCUGGUGCUUUAGUCAAGGACGGAAAGCGAUUAUAUGAGGCUGAAAAGUCAAAAAGGGAAUCCUUUGGGAAAUUAUUUAGGAAGUCUUUUCUAAGAAACCGUCUGUUUAGGGGACUGGACUCCUGGCCCCCAUCCUUUUGUACACAGAAGCCUCGAAAGUUUGACUGUGAACUUCCAGAUAUUUCACUAAAAGAUUUACAGUUUCUGCAAUCACUUUGUCCGACUGAAGUUCAGCCAUUCCUCAGGGUCCCCUUGCUUUGUGACUUUGAGCCUCUGCACCAGCACGUACUCGCUCUGCAUCAUUUGGUGAAAGCAGCCCAGAGUUUGGAUGAGAUGUCACAGACCAUUACCGAUCUCCUGAGUGAACAAAAGGCCUCCGUGAGUCAGACGUCCCCCCAGUCGGCUUCCUCACCCCGGACAGAAAGUGCGACAGGCAUGACAACUACUACCUCAGCCCGAACGCCGCCUCCGCUCGCUGCGCAGGACGCCCUGUGUCCCGCAGUGUGUCCCUUAGAAGAACUGUCUCCAGACAGCAUUGAUGCACAUACGUUUGACUUUGAAACCAUCCCCCACCCGAACAUAGAGCAGACUAUUCACCAGGCUUCGUUAGACUUGGAUUCGUUAGCAGAAAGCCCUGAGUCAGAUUUCAUGUCUGCUGUGAAUGAGUUUGUCAUAGAAGAAAACCUGUCGUCUCCUAACCCCAUCAGUGACCCGCAGAGCCCCGAGAUGAUGGUGGAGUCCCUGUACUCGUCGGUCAUCAAUGCCAUAGACAGCCGGCGCAUGCAGGACACGGGCGCGCGCGGCCCCGAGGACCCGGGCGGCCGCGGCCUGGAGCAGAGCCGCCGGCGCGAGCUCGAGGGCGCCCUGCAGCUCCGGCACGCGCAGGAGUUCCAGAAGCUGGCGGCCGACCACCAGGCUCGCUUGGAGAAACUGGAAAGCGAAAGUCAGCAGAGAAUUGAGCAGAUGCAGGAUUCCCACGCGGCGGUCAUCCAGGAAAAAGAACAGCAGCUCCAGGAGUUGAAACUCAAGGUGUCAGAUUUGUCGGACAUGAGGUGUAAGCUGGAGGUUGAACUCGCGUUGAAGGAAGCAGAAACUGAUGAAAUAAAGAUUUUGCUGGAAGAAAGCAGAGCCCAGCAGAAAGAGACCUUAAAGUCUCUCCUUGAACAGGAGACAGAAACUAUGAGAACAGAGAUCCAGCAACUAAACCAGAAGAUUCAGGAUAAUAAUGAAAGUUACCAGGUGGGGCUGGCGGAGCUGAGAACUUUAAUGACAAGUGAGAAAGACGAGUGCAUUUCCGAGCUGGUCAGCAGACACGAGGAGGAGUCCAGCGUGCUCAGGGCCGAGCUGAGCAGAGUGACGUCCUCGCAUCAGCAGGCGUGUGAAGUAGAAAAGAGCCUGAAAGGAGAGCUGGCCGAGCUGCAGAGGAAGCUGGACUCAGACUUGCGUGCUCUUGAAAAAGAAAAAGAUGAAAAAAUCGCCCAGCAGGAAGAGAAGUACAAAGCUAUUAUCCAGAAGCUUGAGAAGGACAAAGAGAAACUUGUCAUGAGCCAGGAGCAGGAGAGAGAACAGCUAAUUCACAAGCUCACUUGUGAAAAAGCAGCAGCCGUUCAGACUGCCCUGGAAGGACUGAAGUUGGAAAGAGAAGCUGUUGAGAAAGAAUUAAUAGAAAAAGUUAAACACCUUGAGGGGCAAAUAGCAAAAAGUCAUGCCAUUGAAUCUGCCAGAGAAGAUUCUUCAAGCCUAGUUGCUGAACUUCAAGAAAAACUCCAGGAAGAAAAAGCUAAGUUUCUAGAACAACUCGAAGAGCAGGAGAAAAGAAAGAAUGAAGAAAUGCAAAAUGUUCGAACAUCUUUGAUCGCGGAACAGCAGACCAAUUUUAACACUGUUCUGACGAGGGAGAAGCUGAGGAAGGAGAACAUCAUCAACGAGCUGAGCGAUAAGCUGAAGAGCGCGACGCGGCAGCAGGAUAAAUCAUUCUCUCCUAGAGAAAACACCCACGUGCUGUCUGAAAAGCAGAGGAUAAUGCUGUUAGAACGAACACUACAGUUGAAAGAAGAAGAAAACAAGCGGUUAAAUCAGAGACUGAUGUCUCAGAGCAUGUCUUCAGUGUCCUCAAGGCACUCUGAAAAGAUAGCUAUUAGAGACUUUCAGGUGGGCGAUCUGGUUCUCAUCAUCCUGGACGAACGCCAUGACAAUUACGUGCUCUUCACCGUCAGUCCCACCUUGUAUUUCCUGCAUUCAGAGUCUCUGCCUGCCCUGGACCUCAAACCAGGCGAGGGCGCUUCGGGCGCAUCUAGAAGACCGUGGGUGCUUGGGAAAGUGAUGGAGAAGGAGUACUGUCAAGCCAAAAAGGCACAAAACAGAUUUAAAGUUCCUUUGGGGACAAAGUUUUACAGAGUGAAAGCUGUGUCGUGGAACAAAAAAGUUUAAUUUAUGGAAGAAAUCAAGACAUUCUGUGACAUUUUUCUGAUUUGUCCAACAGUGCUCAUCCGUCACUCCAAAAACAUCAGGCCAUCUUUUUAUAUAAAAGUCAACACGACAGUGUGCUUCAUUGGUGUAUAUCAUUUACUUUUUACCUGGCUACAUUUUAGGAACAAUAAAUUCGUCAAAACUGUUGGCUGAAUUAAAAUGGUUUGUUUUUGUUUUUCUACCCGAGUAACUCUAGAAAUGCGGACCAAACUAGUUCAUUUUCUCAAAGGGCAUACCCGUGCAUUGUGGCUUACGGUUAGCCAUGUUGAUUGCCUGUUACAUAUACAUUAGCUUGAACUUAGAUAUUAAAUGUUAGUUAUUAUUACCAGCAUUUGUCCUUUUGUGAAAUCAAUGAAGACUUGCACUCUUUAACACAUUUAUAAAAUGUAUAAAUUCUUCAAAGCUAUUUAAAGAGGAGUGUUACUGCAUGCAGAUAAUCAUGAUUUUGAGUUUGCCUCUGUAGAUUACUAAAGCAAAUUGUUUCAUUUAUUUUUUUAAAUGCCCUUUGAUGUUUCAAAACAAAAAGGAACUCUAAUUUGAUUGACUGACUUUAAGAUCAGCCGUAAUCAGCAGUCUGCGGAAACGCUUUGCGCAGAUGGGCCGCUGGGUUCCGCAGGGCAGGGUGUGUGCUGGUGGAGCUCCUGGGGCAGCACUCGGGCUUUCCCAGCGUCUUCGCCGUUCUGUUAGGAUCGUCGUGCUGAUGACGUUAUCUGUGGUUCAGUUUCAGGAAAAACGUGCUCAUUGUAUAUUAACCACUUAGAGGUCAUCUGAGUAACAUGUUGUAUUGUAAAAGACGUAGAAUUUUACAACAAUAAAGAUUUGAACCUGUAAAUGUGUGUGCCUUUUAAAGGAGGAUGCAUUUUUAAUAUAUUUGAGUGAUUGCUGGGAAGUGUGAAAAACUUGUUCUGUAUCAUAUCAAAAGAGAAACAUGUUUCUUACAAAAAUGCUCUUUAACUGUAUACCACGUAACAGGGUAAAGCAGUGUUAUGUAGGAUGGAAUUGUGCAAACUUGGUCUUUAGAUUAAUUGCCGUGGAGCAAAGUAUUUAAAUGAGUUAGUUGAGUUGGAUGAGACUUGUUUCAAGUUUGUUGUUAGAGAACAAUAAUAAAAUGAUUCUUUUUUUUCCCAGAAAAUAUUUAAUUUCUACAUAAAAAUAAGUUAAAUAUUUUUUUAAAUAUGUAUAUCUAAUAGUACGGAAAAUGGAAUAAACACCAUAGUGUAUAGAGAACUGAAUUUGACAACGUAUUAAUGAAUAAAUGAACAAAUGAUUUCA